CCCUUCCAGGAUUCCUAGCAGAAGGGAAUGCACGAGCAGACGAGCUAACCAUGAUAGUUUCAAACACCUUGCCAAACAUUUUUGAACAGGCAAAACUGAGUCACGUGUUCUUUCAUCAGAAUGCACAGGCACUCGUGCACAUUUCACAUUUCCAAAGAUCAAGCAAAAGCCAUCAUAAGUGCUUGCUUGCCCUGAUUGUCAGCUUGUGCAACCUCCCUUUUCUACAGGAGCGAUCAGUCCAAGAGGAUUGCAGAGUCUGCAACUGUGGCAAAGAGAUGUCACAAAAUACCCAUCCUUUGUGAGAUUCAAAACUAUUCAUGUGUCAGUAGACACUUUCUCAGGCGCAGUAUUUGCCUCCCUGCACACAGGUGAAACAGCAAAGCAUGCAUGUCAGCAUUUUUUGCAAGCAUUUGCUUCUUUAGGUGUUCCUCAAGAAGUCAAGACAGACAAUGGCCCAACUUACGGAGGACAAAUCCUUGAUACAUUCUUAAAAAAUUGGGGUGUUCAUCACAGUUUCGGCAUCCCUCACUCUCCUUAUUGGCCAGGCCAUCAUUGAGAGUACACACCACACUUUAAAAUCUCUUUUAGAUAAACAGAAAAGGGGGGAGGCAGAGGCUACGCCUCAGAUGCGGUUGAACAAAGUGCUGUAUGUUUUGAACUUCCUCAACAGCUCUUUCACAGAACCUGCUCCACCAAUUGUCAGGCAUUUUUUGAAUAGUACCCAGGCAAAACUAAGGGAGAAUCCUUUAGUUUUGAUCAGAAACCUAGAGACAGGACAGAUUGAAGGCCCAUUCCAGCUAAUAACCUGGGGCAAAGGGUAUGCUUGUGUCUUCACAGGUGCGGGACCAAAGUGGAUUCCGGCAAAGCACCGGAAUGGUGCUCGGUAUGGUUUCAUACCGAGUCCAGAAACGAGCAGGUGGUGACCCUGGGAGCACAGAAGCGAGCAUGCAGAUGUGAACCAGUGUCAAGUUGGUGGUUGACGUCACAGACAUCAGUCAUCUUUCAACUUGCGUGCAGAAUCUGUGGACUGGGGUCUUGUGAGGGAGGGUUGUGUCAGGAUUUGCAGAUUUUGCGGGGGAUAAGCAUGAGGCUCACAAGCAGGUAUCGUGCUUCUGCCUUAUCUCUUUGCUGGUUGCUUUAAGCAACAUGGCCUUGCCAGUGAGUCAACCGAGAGAAAAUGUUUGGGAGACCCUGGCCAAUCAGUAGGGUCUGGACACCAUUUGUUUGACUCACUCGAGGCCAAAAAAACCAUUCUCCACAUGUUUAGUCAGUUUACCGGUAGACGAAUGGCCAAUUCCAAAAGAUAUUCCUUUAAAAUUGUCACAAUUCAUUUUGAAUCUGGUGGACAGUUGGGGUGUUUAGACCAAAUUUCUUCCUAAGGCUCUUCAUGAACCUCAAGAAUUGGAAAUUCUUGGCUCAGUGAAGAUGCAUAAUAUUUGGUCUUCCUGGGUCAAAACAAAACAAGGAUAAAAUAGUAGAUGUAACCCCAAAUCAUAUCAUAUAUAAAAAUGCAACAUCUUGGUGUAAUCUCACAACAGUGAUGGUUUAAUCUUGCUCCAUCAUGGAGAGAAUUUGUGAAGAUAGGUAUAUUCAUCCUGAUUGGUGUCAUCGUUCUUUUAAUAUUUGUGCCAUGUCUACUUCAGUGUAUCAGACGGAUGAUGGAUGAGGCUGUCAGAGUGUUUUUGCUUCAAACAGAAGGGGGAGAUGUGGGAACCCAGGGCAGGGGGAAUAUCCCCCUAUCUGCCCUGGGGUGCUCUGACUCCCAGCAAAACACUGACUUUGACCCUCGUUCAUGGAGAAGGCCUCCAAAGCUUCAAAGUAAACUAGAGACCACAGAAGUGUGAAAUAGAUUGUAGGGAUUGUAGAGAGUAGUUUAGUAUGUCACAUGGGUGAGAAAUUUAGGUUUUAGGAUUUUUAGCAUAUUGUAGAUGGGUACAAGAUGGAGGAUACAGGGUGUUGUCUCGAGUUCCUUUCUUCUUUCUUCUUCUUCCUUCUUCUUCUUGGGUUUGGGUGGUAUCUUGUAAUUGGGCAGAAAAAUCCGCAUUGCAGGUCUUUAGGGGUCAGUUAUUGGGUUGGAAAGAGAAAUAAUCUAGGUGUCACUUCUUAAUUGGGUAGUUUAGUUUUUUAUUAGACUUAAAAGGCCUUGUAACAAGAGAUUGUUAGCCAUUUUUGUGCUGGUUUUGGGCAUGCAAGGUCUGGGUGCAGACAGUGUACUGAAGUAAUGAUAAGAUAGCAAUAAAAAAGAACCUGAAGACCGAAAAAGUCCAGUGUGUCUGCUUUUUCUGACAAAGAACUGCUUCAGGAGGGUUUCCCCCUGUCAGGAGAGCCCUGAGGGUGUUGCCCAACGUGGGGCCCACAAACUCACAUUGCAUGUAUUUUUUUGUUAGGGUAACAGACCCAUUUACUGUCUUCCAACUUCCUCAUUGGAUACAGAAGGUCAGAGUUGUGAGUCUGUAUUUCUGCAAAUGGUCCAGAUGCUCUAUCCUGCACUGGUACCUCCUUUCCCAGAGACCCCACCUGCCUGGGCCAGGCACCACUUGGCUUCUGCUUCUCCUUGUUCUCCUCCUGGAGCAAGAGCAGCACCUACUCCAUCAUGUCCUGGCACAGGACCCAGCACUGCCCCAGGCACAGUGCUGGCACAGGUGCCAGCCAGUUCGGAGGUUGUGGAGGCUGCCAGCAGAGAAGACAGCCAGUGCUGUGUGGACCCACUGUCAGCCAUGGAGCAGGAAGAUGGAAUCAGGCAGGAGCUGGGAAGCCUCCAUGGCAUCCCCUUCUACAAGAGCUUCAUCGAGGGCUGGCCGCAGGUGAAGGCUUUCCAAGCCCGUCCAGAUGACCUGCUCAUCUCCACUUACCCCAAAUCAGGCACAACAUGGCUGAGCGAGAUCAUGGACAUGAUCUACCACAAUGGUGAUGUGGAGAAGUGCCGACGGGAUGCCAUCUACAACCGUGUGCCCUUCCUGGAGUUGAAGGCCCCCAAGUGUCUGAGUGGUGUUGAGCAGCUGGAGAACACCCCAUCCCCGCGGCUGGUAAAGACCCAUCUCCCGGUCCAGCUCCUCCCGACCUCCUUCUGGGAGAAGGACUGCAAGAUUAUCUACAUGGCCCGCAACCCCAAGGAUGUUGUCAUCUCCUACUACUACUUCCACCAGAUGGCCAAAAUACACCAUGACCCUGGCACGAAGGCUGAGUUCUUGGAGAAAUUCAUGGCCGGGAAAGUGCCCUAUGGAUCCUGGUAUGACCACGUGCGUGGAUGGUGGGAGAAAAAGCAGGAGAAGAAGAUACUCUACCUCUUCUAUGAGGACAUGAAGAAGGACCCACGGCAGGAGGUGCAGAAGAUCUUGCAGUUCCUGGGCAAGGAGUUGGCAGAGGGAACAGUGGAGAGGAUCCUGCACCACACCUCCUUCCAGGAGAUGAAGAAGAACCCUGCUGCCAACUAUGAGACCAUGCUCCCCACCUUGAUGGAUCACAGCAUCUCCCCCUUCCUCCGGAAAGGGAUCUCUGGAGACUGGAAGAACCACUUCACUGUGGCCCAGAAUGAGUGCUUUGACCAGCACUACCAGGAGCUCAUGGCAGGCUCUGACCUCCACUUCCAGAUGGAAGUGUGAGGGGCUCAUCUCCCUUCCCAGGAGGACUCUGCUUCUCCUUGCUCUCCCAGUGGGGAGGAUGGAUCCAGAUGGAGAUUCUUGCACUAAUGCACU